UUAUUUUCACGCUUUGUUUUCUAGUUAUCAACUAACAUAUCUUAUUCAUGUGUCAGUGGAUGAAUCAUUUCCUCAGGAAAUAUCAUUUGGCCAUGCAGUCAAAAUGGCUUCUAAUGUAGGGUAUUCGUUGAUUGUCAGUGAUAUUAUGUUCUCAAUAUAUUGCAUAAUUUUCAAUUGUUUAAACGUUACAAGAUUAUUGAGACACAUCUGAAAAUAUAGUAGAUAAUUUUGCUUUGGAGUGUCAAAGUUAUUGAGUUUUCGUUUUCAUAUCGGCAGAAUAUAACAAUCGCAUUCCUGUAACCUAACCUUUGCGUGAACAGGAUAACGCUUUGGAAAUCAUUCGUGACAAAUUUUAUCCUUUAUAAAGCUAUCUUAUCCUAAAUUCACAAAGUUGAAAUAUAUUAAUUAUUGAUUCUGUUGUUUUUCAUUUGGUAAGCGAUAGUAGGACUUACUGGAAUCAGUUGAAAGACAUUUCCGUUGAAUUAGGUAGCAAAAUGCAGACGAUUAAAUGCGUUGUCGUGGGAGAUGGAGCUGUCGGAAAAACCUGCCUCUUGAUAUCAUAUACCACCAAUAAAUUCCCUUCCGAAUAUGUACCCACUGUAUUUGACAACUAUGCUGUUACGGUGAUGAUUGGCGGAGAGCCAUACACACUUGGCCUCUUUGAUACAGCUGGUCAGGAAGAUUAUGAUAGACUAAGGCCUCUUAGCUAUCCUCAAACAGAUGUCUUCCUUGUGUGUUUCUCAGUUGUUUCUCCAUCUUCAUUCGAAAAUGUCAAAGAAAAGUGGGUUCCAGAAAUAACACAUCACUGUCAGAAAACGCCAUUUUUAUUAGUAGGAACACAGAUAGAUCUUCGCGACGAUGCCGGCACAGUAGAGAAAUUGGCAAAAAAUAAACAGAAGCCAAUAUCAUUUGAACAAGGCGAAAAACUGGCUAAGGAAUUGAAGGCUGUUAAAUAUGUUGAAUGCUCCGCAUUAACCCAGAAAGGACUGAAGAACGUAUUUGAUGAAGCUAUUCUAGCUGCUUUGGAACCUCCCGAACCAGCCAAGAGAAAAAGAUGUGUCCUGCUUUAAAACAAGGAAAUGAUCAAAAGAUUGGAAGCGAAAUUACCAUUGAUUUCAACGCCUGUUCGAGGCCAGAUCAAUAUCAGCCCAAGAGUCAUCUCCAAAGGAAUUCUCAAAGUAUUAACUACCGAUAAAUGAUAUCAUCAUGCAUGAAAUGGGGAGAAUGAGUAAUUUACAUCCAAUGCUUCCUUCUUCUUUAUAAGCGGAUUCUGUUCUACUAUAUUAUGCAACAAAAGUGCCCAUACAUAACACUAGUGUGGAAUAAGUUCAUAGCCUGUUUAGUUUACGAAUAUUUUAGUAGAUAAUUUAUUGAAAUUUUAUUGUACAGAAAAAUAACUCAUUCAAACAUAUAGGUUUAUCGAUUUCUUUCAUUGGUCAUCAAGAUUUUUAUUUUAUCAAUUUAUGAAAGAAGUAGGGAAACCAAAGUUUGUAAAUUAAUCAAUGUAAUGGUUCACUUCGACCAAAAGGAAUAUGGUAUUUUAGCUUUGUUCAAUAGUUUCUCCAUUUCUUAUUUUCAAUCAAUUGCUGAAUUGAAGAAAGUAUUGAACUUGCUAAUUUUAAUCUUCGUGUACAUAUUAAUCACUAUUUAAUUACUUGUCUGUUUAAUUUUCUGAUUUUGAAAUUAUUUGAUCAUGUAUAAUCUUGAAUAUAGCUAAUAACUUUGGCGUAGAGUCAUGACCUAUUUAUUGAUAUUUUAGUAACAAUUAUUAAUCUUUAGGUAUGUUCGGUUGUAACCUUUGUUUCUUGAUACUGAUAAUAUUGUCCAAUGAACUCUAAGCAAUUAUUUCUAGGAAAUGUUUGCAAACCUAUUUCUAUACUGUAAACAGUAUUCCAAUACAUAUUAGUUUAAUAAAAAUGAAGGUAUCUCCUAUUGGAAAUAGGCCUUUUACAGUAGAACAUACAUUUCCUCCAUUAAUAAAAACUCUCUUCAAUAAAGGACUGCAAAUAAAAAUCUUAUUAAACAUUUCCUCUAUUUUUAAUCAAACUAAAGUGAAUUCAUCUAGAAUUAUUCUUCUAAAAAAAUACUAAAUUAAUAUAAAACCAGCUCACAAGCAAGUACCAUAAUCUAUAUUCAGUGACAAACUUAAAAUAAAUGCAUUUUGUAUUAUAUUGUUAGAUUUGUAGAUUAUUUAAAAUAAGAAUGUAUUGCUCUAUACUUUUGUACGAUUGUAUAACUUUCCAUUGUUGAAUAAAAAAUAAUUUUAUUUUAAUCAAAAAUUCA